UGUUCGCCAUAAUGAUAAUAAAGCGUGAGCACGAAGCUGAAAUAAAGCAAAUGAAGCUUCGGCUGUGACACGUGGAUCCACCCGGAGACACCGAGGAGCCACGGAGGUCGGACCGGCACCGGUGGACGCCAGCCUCGGCCAAUUUUGGGGAGAAAGCGGGGAAGAGCCUGACCGGAGCAACGAGGCAACGCUAUGGCGUCAGCAUCUGCCAGCGUAGACUCCAAGGCAGAGCUGACUGCUCUACUGGAACAGUGGGAGAGAGAACAACAAGGCAGCACCCAGGAGCUGGUUAGCAUCCUCACAAAAAUCUCCGAGCUUGUUGAGAAUGAGACAGAGGAGUACCACAAAGCAGACCCAGACCCUUUUGAUGAUCGACAUCCUGGGAGAGCUGAUCCAGAAUGUGUGUUGGGACACCUACUCAAGAUCCUGUUCAAGAAUGAUGACUUCAUGAACGCACUGGUGAAUAGCUAUGUGAUGACCAGCAGAGAAUUCCCCCUCAAUGCAGCGGCUUGUCGUCUGCUUCAGAACAUCAUGCCUGGACUGGAGACAGCAGUGGUCUUCCAAGAAAAGGAGGGUAUUGUUGAGCGUCUUUUUACGUGGGCCCAGGAGGCAGAGCAGCCCCUCAGAAUCUAUGCCACAGGCUUGUUGGCUGGUGCCAUGGAGAAUCAGGACAUUGCAGCCAACUACAGGGAGGAGAACUCUGUCUUGGUGCCUUUGAUGCUGCAUCGGUUACGUGAGCUUCAGGAUAAGGAUGCUGAGAACAAAAGGGAAAUCAAACGGCCCAGCCCCAGGAAGAGUUUGAGUGAGCCUCUGCUACCUUUAGAUGAGGAGACUGUCGACGGAGGCUUUGAAGAGACGCCCUUCAUGCUGGGCAGAAACGGAGCUGAAAGGGAGGGGACAGGGCCCGAGGGGGCUGGAGAUAUUCCCUUCUCGGCCAUUGAGACUGAAAACGAGCUUUCGUUCCGUCUCAACUUCCCUCAGAAGGCCAGCAGCCAUGCCAACUCCGCUGUUAAAACCAUGAUGAAGCCCAUGUCUGCCCCAAGUUCACUGUUCCACCCUGGCAUUUUGGAUGGCAGCAGUUACCUAAAAAGAAAGGCAGACAGGGAGCUUGGCAGGACCUCAAAACAGAAGCUAAAUUUCUCUUUGCCAGAUCCGGAGAGGAACUUCAACGAGCUCUCCAACAGCAGCUGGUCCGAAAUGAGCCCCUGGGUGAUAGGGAACAACUACCAUCUGUACCCUCUGACCCCGGAGAUCGAGCAGAGGCUCAUCCUGCAGUAUCUCACUCCUCUGGGGGAGUAUCAGGAGCUGUUGGCAGUGUUCAUGCAGAUUGGAGCUCGGGAGCUACUCGUGCACUAUAUGGAUUUAAAGCAGACCAAUGAUGUGCAGCUCACCUUUGAGGCUCUCAAGUACCUGGCAUCUUUGCUGCUGCACAAGAAGUUUGCUGCUGAGUUUGUGGCUCACGGAGGAGUUCAGAAGUUGCUGGAAAUCCCCCGGCCGUCUAUGUCUGCCACCGGAGUGUCUCUGUGUCUCUAUUACCUCGCCUACAACCAGGAUGCAAUGGAGAGGGUGUGCAUGUUGCCCCACUCCAUCCUGUCCGAUGUGGUUGGUUACACGCUGUGGCUGCUGGAGUGCUCGCAUGCAUCCGGCUGCUGCCAUGCCACAAUGUUCUUUUCCAUCUCCUUUUCUUUCCGUGCUGUCCUGGAGCUUUUCGACAGGCAGGACGGGCUCCGGCGCCUUGUCAAUCUGAUUAGCACACUGGAGAUCCUGAACCUUGAGGACCAGGGAGUGCUGCUGAGUGAUGAUGAGAUUUUCUCCAGCAGGCAGACGGCCAAGCACACCUGCAUGGCCCUGCGCAGGUACUUUGAGGCCCAUCUGGCAAUCAAGGUGGAGCAGGUUAAGCAAUCUCUGCAGCGCACGGAGGGGGGUGCCCCCAUUCACUCCCAGCCAUACUACAAGGCGGUGAGCUAUACUCGGGAACAGGUGGUGGAAAUGAUGGAGUUUCUGAUAGAGUACGGACCACUGCGACUUUACUGGGAACCGGCUGAGGUCUUCCACAAGCUGUCGUGUGUCCAGCUCCUCCUACAACUCAUUUCCAUUGCCUGUGGCUGGAGGACCUACUAUGGCAGGAGUGAUACAGUUCGUUAUGCCCUCGACAUCCUGAGUAUUCUAACAGUUGUUCCAAAGACCCAGCUGUUGUUGUCUGAGGCUGUUGCUGUGCUUGAUGAAAGAGGAUCCUCUGUUUCCACCGUAGGAAUCAGUAUCGUCCUGGCAGUGGCGGAGGGAGAGGUAUUUGUGAAUGAUGCCGAGAUUCAGAAGUCGGCCUUGCAGGUUGUCAUCAACUGCGUCUGUGCUCCAGACAAACGCAUGUCCAGCAUUGGCAAGUUCAUUGCAGGCACCCCCCGCCGCCGCCAGCCCCAGCAGACCAAAGCGAGCGAGAGUGUGCUCACCAAGAUGUGGAACGUGGUCCAGUCCAACAAUGGCAUCAAGGUCCUGUUGUCCCUGCUGACAGUGAAGAUGCCCAUUACAGAUGCAGAUCAGAUCCGAGCUCUAGCCUGUAAGGCUCUGGUGGGUCUGUCUCGCUCCAGCUCCGUCAGACAGAUUAUCAGCAAGCUGCCUUUGUUCAGCAGCGGACACAUCCAGCAGCUCAUGAAGGAGCCUUUGCUUCAGGACAAACGCAGCGAACACGUCAAGUUCUGUAAGUUUGCAGCUGAGCUGAUAGAAAGGAUCUCUGGGAAACCGCUGAUGAUCGGUACGGACGUGUCACUGGCGUGGCUGCAGAGGGCCAGUGUGGUCGCCCAGUCCAGGAUCACUUUCCCUGAGAAAGAGCUGCUGUUGCUUAUUAGGAACCACCUUGUGGCCAAAGGCCUUCAUGACACAGCCACCAUACUUACCAAAGAGGCAGAGCUCCCGAUGGCGAGUCUGUCUCUUACUUCACUUUCUACUUCUGCUUUCCCUUCGGUUGCUCCUCCCCCAACUGCCACUCCUGUUGCCACUCUCCCCCGCACACCACGGCUGGCCAAUGGUGUCGGCUCAAGAAUCGCAAACCAUCCUUCUCUUUUAUCCACCCCCGGGUCCAGCCAUCCACAGACACGUCCCUCAACAUCACAAUCCACCGGGACCUCAACAACUCCUUUCCCCUCUACGUCUGUCCCCCUCUGUAGCAAUGGAAACCCACUGAUCGGCCGAAUCGUUUUCUCUCGUGAGCGACAAGCUGCCUGCCCUGUGGUGAACUGCAAGAAACCACGUGUUCUUAGGCAGAAGUCUGACCAUGGGGCCUUCAGCCAGAGUCCAGCCAUGAAGAAGCAGUUGGACAGGCUCUUGCCUUCCCCCCCUGCAUUAGACGGCAUCAUCACAGAGUACCUGAGGGAGCAGCACGCACGCUGUAAAAACCCCGUCGCGACGUGCCCGCCUUUCUCUCUCUUUACACCCCAUCAAUGCCCUGAGCCCAAACAGAGACGCCAAGCACCAAUUAACUUUACUUCCCGACACACAAGGAGAGUCAUAUAUCCUAAAUACGGAGGAGUAGACGGAGGCUGCUUUGACAGACAUCUCAUCUUCAGCAGGUUCCGUCCCAUCUCCGUGUUCAGGGAGGCUGAUGAGGAUGAGAGUGGAUUCAUGUGUUGUGCCUUCUCAGCCCGAGAGCGGUUCCUGAUGCUCGGGACCUGCACAGGGCAGCUCAAACUCUACAAUGUGUUUACAGGCCAGGAGGAAGCCAGCUACAGCUGUCACAGUUCAGCCAUCACUCACCUGGAGCCCUCACGGGAUGGCUCUCUGCUCCUAACGUCAGCCUCUUGGAGUUACCCCCUGUCUGCACUGUGGGGCAUGAAAUCAGUGUUCAUCAUGAAGCAUUCUUUUCUCGGUGACCAUUACGUGGAGUUCAGUAAACAGUCACAAGAUCGCGUCAUUGGAACCAAGGAGCAUGUAGCACGAAUCUAUGACAUCCAGACGGGACAGGUACUGCUGACUCUCAACAACCCAGACCUGGCUAACAACUACAAGAGGAACUGUGCCACCUUCAACCCCACGGACGACCUGGUGCUGAACGAUGGCGUGCUGUGGGAUGUGCGCACGGCUCAGGCCAUCCACAAGUUUGACAAGUUCAACAUGAACAUCAGCGGCGUGUUCCAUCCCAACAGCCUGGAGGUCAUCAUCAACACAGAAAUUUGGGACCUGCGGACCUUCCACCUCCUCCACACUGUUCCUGCUCUGGACCAGUGCAGAAUAGUCUUCAACAACAACGGCACCGUCAUCUACGGAGCAAUGCUACAGGCCGAUGACGAGGACAACAUGAUGGAAAUGCAGAUGAAAAGUCCGUUCGGUUCGUCCUUCAGGACCUUUAAUGCUACAGACUACAAACCAAUCGCCACUAUUGACGUCAAAAGGAAUAUAUUUGACCUUUGCACAGACACAAAAGAUUGCUACUUAGCUGUGAUUGAGAACCAAGACUCAUUUAACACAGACACAGUGUGCAGGCUGUAUGAAGUUGGCCGACAGAGACUUGCAGAGGAAGAGGAGGAGGACGAGGAGGAUCAGGAGGAUGAUGAACAGGAGGAAGACGAUGACGAUGAUGACGACUCGGAUGAUGAUAUCGAUACAGACCCUCUUAUCGCUGAGCUAGAGACCGAGAACGGUGGAGAAGACGAGGAUGAUGAAGAAGAGGAUGAUGGGAAUGAGGAAUUUUCUCCCUCUGAUGACGAGGUGGCAAAUCUUCUCGAAGAGGAUGACAAUGACGACGAUGACUCUGACAAUGAUGUUGAUCCGAAUGACUCUGACUCCUCUAGCCUUGAGGAUGACAUCAUGUUAUCCCUGAACCAGUGAGGAGACUCUGGCUUCUGGGACCGAGGAACCGGACAACAUGUCAUUCUGCUUCACAGACAUUUGAGUUGCGGAACAGGAGGCGCCAAAAAAAGAAUAUCAGCCGAUGAGGUGGGAGAUAAUCUGGAGCACUGCCAGUUUGUAACUGUAGGUGUCUGCACACUUUGGGAGUGACAGGACCAAGAAAAUCCAAUAAGUGCUGUGCAAAAGAAAUGAUUGUAUAUGAUAUAGUUUUAUAAAAGAAAAGUGGGCUUGAUGGUGAUUGGAAAUGCUAGUGUGUAGCUGCAGUGAAUAAAAUUUUUAUAUUUGAUCACAUUAGCGGCUCUCUAAUGAGCUUCUUUAUUUGAUAUUGAUUAAAGACACUUUGUGAGCCUCUGGUUGGCCACAGAUUAGUGUUUUGUGGGGGAAACAACUUCCAUUGCCGGGCUGUGGGCCUGCAACUGUAGAACAGAGGAUCCAAUACUUGUUUGUUGUACAAUGCUUGUAUUUCACCACACCUGGAAUAAUCCCAAGAACGUACUGAAGUGCCGAGUUAGGCAGCUAAUGUGACGCACAAACAUGUUGCUGAUGGUUCAUCAAGCGUCAAAUCCCACUUUCAGGUUUGACUCUCACCAUAAACCGACGACCAAAUUGCCACACACAGCAGUGCCAUAUCUGACUUUGCCUCCUGAUUUCACUGUGUAAAUAGAUAAAUCAGCUCGGUGCUCUUGAAUCGCUGAAGACACCAUAACUAGUGUGGACAUCUUAACCAAACUGUUACAUCUGCUCACUGUCCGCACAUGACAGACACGGGGUUGUGCAGCGCUCUACCUUUGUGUUAUCUCACUCAUGUUUACUGAGCCGUGCCAUCAUUUGGGCUCAGUUGAUGUUGAUGAUGGCACAGGCUCAGUUCAACUUAGUUUAAUGUUCAAAAACCGAGGAUAUAUCUCAAUGUCUUUGGUUCAGGACUGAAAGUAUGAUAAGCUUCAUUCAUUGGAUCUAACUCUAAAAAUAACUUGAAUCUUUGAAAACAGGAGAUGCAGCAAAACAUCUUCAUGUGCGUUCCCUCUGAUUGACUGACAGGAGGCUUCGCACUUCAACAUUGUGAAAACAGAUGCCUUCACUUGCACACUUUUUGAAAGCAGUGCAAACAUUUCAUGACUUUUCUCACGGUUAUGAUUUGUAUCUAAUAAUUUUGCCUGUUUUCUUUUCCAUUUGGAGACUUGGAGUUUCUUGAGACAAUUUAUGUACAUCUUGUAUGUAUCGAAAGUAUUUUUACUAUAAAUAAAGUUGCAAAAUAA